AUGGAUUAGAAUGCCAUUGUAAAAAAAAAACUCAAUGAAUGCCCUCUCUGUAGUCCUGAAUAAUGAAAGCCCUUGAUGCUUUGUUUCCCAAAUAAAUCUGCAUCAAAUGUCCACCCGGCCUCUCAGAUCUCAGUCCAAGCAGGCGGACCCAGCAGCUGCCGUGACCUCUCCUGUAUCUGGACGUGGUGGACGAAUGUCUGCUCCAUAUACAUCGUUACUGGGGGUUGUUGACAAGUAUAGGCUCCAGUGCUGGAACGAAACUCAGCUAACCCGUGCAAGCACAAUGCAUCAAAUGUCACCCUUAUCAUCAUGAAUCUGAGGGGCUGGGCCUGCUUUAUUCUGUCUGUGUGCCUAAAGCAUUAAGCUGUAAUUCUCUCAAAUGUGACCUUCUAAUGACUUCUCUGACCAAACAAAAGGACACUGUUUCCUCUUCCUGGAUCAUCUUUCUUUAUCAAAAUGAGUCAAAUCAAUUACUUUAGCACAAGCAGCAGAUAUGUAGGUCACUGGUCACCACAUGUGUCUCCCAGGUGAUUCUCUUGCUACUGAUAUUUAGCAGAGUUUGGUCCAUAUAAGCUUCAGAAGACCCAGCAUUAAUGAAAUGGCCUCUCAGAUUACAGCCACACACAGUGAGGAUACUGUGACAGAUGGGAGAUCUUGGUUUCCCAUCCCAUCUGGUUGCUGGUUGAUUGGCUGGUUGGACUGUUGGUUGGUUGCUGGUGAGCUGGUUGUUUGUUGAUUGAUUGGUUGGUUGGUUGGUUGGUAGAAGUUGGUGUUCAGGUAAUUUCCUUAUGUUCAUUGUGAAAAGCGCACUAUGAAAAUGCCACACUGUGAGUCAUGCACUCAAAACCUUGCUCAAGUAAAAGUGUGUCAGUAAAAUGUCCAAGUAUUAAAUGUAAACGUACCCUCACUUCCCUGUCUGUGUUUUCUAUCACAUCUAAUGUGUUUGGAUCAGUAGCUAAGUAUUAUUUCAGCCCCUGAAAGAACACUUAAUUGGUUCAUGCAUAAGUGAAUGCAAACAUCCAUGAGCUGAACUCGACCUAAGUCUUAUCACACAACAGCGCUUUGUCGGCUUUCUUGCAUUGUGGCAACAGUUAAACCUCUGCUGCAGGGAUUAAAUGGAAGCACAUGAUGAUUCAACCCCGUGAUUUCUCACGGAGUUGGGUCAUGUACCCAGUCGUUUCCUCUCCUUUUUCCUCCGUCUGUCCCGCCACUGUAGCCCGCUUUCUGUCCCCCUCUCUCUGCCUCUCCCUCCGCUCAUGGCGUCCCCGCGGCUGGAGACCUUCUGCUGUCCCAACAGAGACGCGGCGACGGAGUUCGCGGUCUCCUUCCAGCCCGUCUUGUUCGGGGCGUUGAGUUUGGGUAGCGCGGCUCUGAGCCUCGCGUUCGCUGUGCUGCAGCUUCUGCCGAAACACAAAGGAUACAGACGACUGGGACAGUAUCCUCUGCCCAGGCCAACGUCCUCCUCCAGGAUCCUCUUCAUCAUCAGUGUAUGUGACAUACUGGGAUGCGCAGGUAUCAUGAUCAGGUCAUCCGUCUGGCUCGGCCUGCCAAACAUCAUCGACAGCAUCUCGGUGGCCAACAGCACUGAUGUCUGGCCAGAGGUCUUCUGUGUCGGCAGUGCGAUGUGGAUCCAGUUGUUUUUCAGCGCCUCUUUUUGGUGGACCUUUUGUUACGCCGUUGACGUCUUCCUGGUGGUGAAAACAUCUGCAGGAAUCAGCACCAUCAUCCUCUACCACAUGAUUACGUGGGGUCUGGCUGUGCUGUUGUGCAUCGAGGGAGUGGCCAUGCUCUACUACCCAUCCAUCUCUGAUUGCGAACAGGGCCUCCAGCACGCCAUCCCACACUAUGUCACCACGUACGCACCGAUGCUACUCGUCCUCGUGGCCAAUCCUGUCUUCUUCAGUCGCACCAUAUCUGCAGUGACGUCUUUACUAAAAGGACGACAAGGGAUCUACACUGAAAACGAGAGGCGGCUGGCCACUGAGAUAAAAAUACGCUUCUUUAAGAUAAUGCUGGUGUUCUUUAUUUGCUGGGUUCCCAACAUCAUCAACGAGAGCCUCCUCUUCUACCUGGAGAUGCAGACGGACAUCAAUGACAACGGCUUCAGGGACAUCAGAAACGCAGCCCUCAUCACGUGGUUCAUCAUGGGGAUCCUGAACCCCAUGCAAGCUUUCCUCAACACGCUGGCCUUUCACGGCUGGACGGGCUUCGACGUGGACUUCAGCCUGCAGAGGAGGAGGGAGCUGGCCUGGGACUCCGUUUCUACCUCAGUGCCCAACGCAGGAGGCCACAAUCCCAUGGUGGGAAGCACUCUGCUCUACCAGAGUCACGUCCAGGAAACCAAGAAGAACAUGAUGGGCAACGGGCAGCACCACUCCGACGGCAUCAGCGUCCUCUCAGAAGGUUCAGAGUCUAGUACAGUUGAAAUCAACAUUUCCAGCGAGCUACGAGACUAUGACGAUGUAGACGCUGAUGGAGAAUCCUUGGAGAACUCUUUGAGGCACUAGCUGGGGUCAUCAACAACCCGCCUCCCUCUACUUUUCCUGUGUGACAUUGUUUUUAUUUCAUUAGCUACUUUUGUUUUAGACUGUCUCCUCUUAGCCUCCAUUGUCCAGGUAUUAACUGGUCAUGAGAUUUCAUUAGUUAGUGCGACAGGAUAAGUCUAAUUCUUGAUGAUUUCUUGCUAAGCUUUUUAAAUCUGUCUGCAGCACAGUUUCGUUUGACAUACACUGUAGUGCAGCUGAACAGUCCUAAAGUUGGAUAAUUACUUUUUUUUUUUUAAAUUAAUAACUGAUAGCUGAAACAUUUCUCCUGGAGAAUUCGCUGUAUUAGACACUGGUUUUGUGAUGCACAAUCUUUCCAUGAAGCUCCAAAAGAAUGUAAUGUCAAUUUACUGUAUUUCCAACUGUCCAUCUUGUAUUUUUGCACACAUCCAUUUUAUACCAUUAACAUUAAAUAUCCAAAAUAUUUCUUAAGAUUUCGUUGGUCCCACUUUCUUUGUCUUUUGAGGGGCUGCGUUGCAAUUUCAAACACCAGAGCUUUGAAAAGCACUCAAUUAAAGACACAGUCUACAUGUUUUCUGAUAUCAAAAUAGAGUGAUUUAUUUGAGACACUGAAUGACUUCAACGUUUUGUCUUGGAAACAGGUGACCACACCCUGGACCAGGGCGAGAGAGACAGAGAGAGAGCGAGAGAGAGAGAGAAACUGUCACAGCACUUAUUCCAUUUUGGGCUCCUUAGCAUGCCAAGAAAGGCCACCGACCCACAGCCCAAUUCUCAGUCUGACACAGACAAUAAUGGCUCUCAAAUGAAAAAGUCAGAAAACAAUGAACCACCCGUUAAAGGACCAGUGUGUAGGAUGUAGUAGCACCUAGUGGUGAGGUUACAGCGCCUCACCCUCCUCUACAGCGGCCGCUUAAAAUGUGGAAAACACGAAGGCUCCCUCUGUAGAUAUAAAAGGCUCAUUCUAAGGUAACGAAAACCACGAUUCUUAGUUUAAGGUGUUUAAACGCUCAUGAAAACAUAAUUUAUGAACAGAUCCCCCUACAUCCUACACACUGGACAUUUAAUAUCCAAAUGUGACAAUUAAAAAAAGAGGGAGAAAAAAAAAGACAAAAAUAAAACAUUGGCCCUUCACUUUCAGCACAAUCUGAACAUUUGCUGAACCGCCCAUUACAAAAAGUGCACUUCACAUAGCUCAAGCAGAAGUCGACAGAAAGGGAAAGGGACCAGAAAAAAAAAGGCUAACCAAAGUGGUGGCGAGUUAGUUUGAAGAUCUUUUACAUGAGAUCCCACUAAGUAGAGGGAGGCAGACUUACUGCCCACGAGACAGGCAUUUCAAAUAUGACCAAAUCUGAUCAUCUGGCAGCAUUUGGUGAGUCUUAACGAGACCAAUCAGAGGUUUUUUUUUUUUUUUUUCAUUUUAAAGCAACAGCAGGACUUUUUGCUUGACCUCCACACCUCCACCUUCUGGCCAAAAUGUGCUCUGAAUUUUCAGUAGAUUGUUCAGAGGAAAGUGCCAAAGAGAAACCAUGGUAAUGCUAAUCAAGCAGUAGUUGUUUUCCUGCAUUAAGUCCUGUUCCACAUAAAAUACACAGUUAAAGCAGAAAUCAAGCAGAGGACUGUGAUGACUAUUCCCCCCCAGAGGAUUCCCUGAAUGCAGGUGACCGAGUUGCACAUUUCCUCCGUGGCUUUCAGGGAUCAGUAGUGGAAAGCAAAGCUGCUUAACACAUCUGCGUCAAUGCCAUUUGCGACUCGCUGAAGAACAAAAGAACUUGCGGUGGGUUGUGAUUGGCCCAUUUGAAAAAGAGUAUUAAAAAAGGAGCUGAUGAGACAUGCGCUUUGUUUAAAAAGAGUUCUCAUCAUGUUUUGUCAGCAAAGAUGUGACCGCUCUAGCCAUUAAUGAGCCCCUACAGGAUGGCAAUAAAGUGUACUGUAUAUAAACAUAUAUACACAGUAUAUAAGUCUGUGUAUUAAUCUAAUUUACAUAUCUUUACAUUCUUAAAUUUACAUCCAAAAAAGGGAGAAAAUUCUCUUUGUAAACCACUUUUCACAUCUUGUCCACAAAAUGACGUUUUCUAAUCUCGAGUGAACUGAGCAGGUCAUUUUAGGAGGUUAGGACUGUUUCUUGGCAGGUUUUCCUGGUGUUAAACGUGAGAUAAGAACUAACCUUGCAGCGGCACAUUCAGUUUUGACUUUCAAAAGUCCAUCUGUGGAAAAUAGACCAAAAAAAAAAAAAAAA